AUGGGCCUCGAAGCAAUCUGCCGCAGGCUGCAGGAGUACCGGCUGAAGCAGCAGCAGCAGCAGCAGCAGCAGCGGGGGCUUCGUCGACUGCCUGCUGCUGCUGCUGCUGCUGCUGCUGAUGCUGCAGCAACAGCAGAAACAGCAGCAGCUCCUGCAGCUGUUUCUAACUUGGGUUUAUUGCGUGCUGCUGCUGGGCUGCAGCAACCAUCCUCUAGGCAGCAGAAGCAGCAGCAGCAGCAGAAGCAGCAGCAGCAGCAGCAGCAGCAGCUGGAGACGCAUUACGUGGAGACCAGCAGCAGCAGGCGGACACUCCUGGGUGCUGGAGCAACAGCAGCAGCAGCAACAGCAGCAGCAGCAACAGCAGCAGCAGCAGCAGCAGUUGGCGCUGCUGAGGAUCGCUCCUCCUUGCUGCUCUUCGUUGCUUCAGACAGCAGCGAAGACGAGCAAGAGCAGCAGCAGCAGCAGCAGCAGCAGCAGCAGCAGCAGCGGCUGCAUACACCUCAGCCGGCAUCCCCUCCACCAGCACGUCGCGCUGCUGGAGACAGUGCUGCUGCUGCUGCUGCAGCAGCAGCUGCUGCUGCUGCUGCUGUCUCUGCUGCGAAAUCACUGCAGGGGAGGCCGCGCUGUUUGCUGCUGUCUUCUGACGAAGACGAGGAAGCAGCGACGGUCCCCACCAAGCAGCAGCAGCAGCAGCAGCAGCAGCAGCAGCAGCGACGGCAGCAGCAGCAGCAGCAGACGAAGAAGCAAAGCAAAGGCAGAUGGAGAAGAUAUUCUGCUGCGUCUCCUGGGGACUGCAGCAGCAGCGACGCUUCACCUGCUGCUGCUGCUGCUGCUGCUGAUGAUGAUGAUGAUGCCAGACUACGCACAGAGUACCGCCUCUCGCGCCAGUUGCUGCGGUAG